UUGAUGACAUCACUCACAUCAAACCUCUAUUGUACAACUGCAGAGGACUUCCAUCCCUCUCAGUUGCUAUCUCAUUUUGCACAUAGAACAACGGUGAUGGUUUGGAGAUUUAAACAAUAAUUUUCAAUCGACAUUGGUGGUAUGCGAUAUUGAGCAUGGAUGGUUGAAUUGUUUUGCAAUGGCUAGCUGAUGAAGACAUGAGCAUAGAUGGCUGGUGUAGACAAGAGAUGGCUGAUAAAGAUGAGAAGAUGGAUGGAUAGUGAAGGCGAGAGCGUGGAUGACUGACGAGGGCGGCAGCGUGGCAGGAGAAGAGACAGGAGGGAACUCUCUUGCUUAUAUGUGUGAGUGUGAGAUUGCAAGAGCUAACGGGUCAAGAGACGGACUUACUGCAGCAUUGGAGUUAGCAGAAGAAGCUUUGUCAGUUGCUCAGUCUUCACUGACAUCAGACAGCAGUUACAUUGGCUAUUACAAAAAUCAUGUUGCCAGUUGCCAUGCUGAAUUGGGUAACCAUGAAAAAACCAUUCAACUACUAGAAGAAUGCAUUAAGAUUGAAGAAAAGCUUCCUGAUUCACAAAGAGCUCUUUGUACUACAAUGCAGCAUAUGGGAGUAGAAUAUACUCGUGUGUCCAAUUUCAGUAAAGCCAUUGAGUGGAUUAAGAAGUCAUUGGAUCUACAGCAACAACAGAACCCUCCACAUCAUUUGAAUAUCGCUGAUGGAUUUUUGUCUCUUGGUGAUGUUUACCGGCGGAUGGACAAUUAUGUUGAAGCUCUGCCGCAUUUUAAGAAGUCUGUCGACAUUCGAGAACAGGAGCAGCUGAUGUCCAAUAUUUCAACUGGUCAGGCUUAUUAUGAUCUUGGAGCUUGUCACGUUCAGUUGCUACGUGCAGGCCAUCCUAAAGGUCCAGGCACUCAUUCUCGUAUCGCAGCAACGUCUUCAAAGAUGGAGCAAGCAGAACAAGCUCGAGAUGCAUUUACUAAAUGCAUUGUAGUACUUUCAUCGCGUCAAGAUCAUUAUCAAUAUACGCUUAAAGGUUUGGAGGGUCUUGGUGGGCUGUGUGGGAUAUCAGUUGAUCAUAAGAGUUUUAAAGACUUGGACAAAGCUGAUAAGCUAAGAUUGGUGGCCAGGAAAGUAUAUGCUUGUAGAGAUUACGCCAGAGCUGAACAGUUACUCCAAGUAGAAAAAGUGGUCCGGCAUUCAAAGACAGCGUCGUCACAGUCAACAGCUAUUGUGCUGCACGACAUCGGUUUGUGUGAGAUGCGUCUGUCAAAGUUGGACAGAGCUGAGAAGACUUUCACUGAGACACUGAAAAUUAUGCAAUCGCUAAGACCACAAGAGCUUGAAGAUCUACAGAUGCUAUACAUCAAGAAUCUAGUUGGACUAGUUCGGUUUCUGAAAUGUUAUCAACAAUCCCUACACUGAAGAUACAGCAUGAGAUGACUAUGGCUGCAGUCAUGCGUAUCUCUGUUGUUGUUGGACUCACUGCAUUUAUCGAUUCAGGCAUAGACUACAGCUAGCUUGCACAAUGAUCGAGGCUGUCUUUGCUGUUUUGCUGUAAUUUGUGGCACACCAUGCAGCUGCAGCUUUGCGUUCUGUUUUAGCCAAUAUGAUUUUGUAGACAGUAAACGUAAUUGAUUUUGAAUGUAUGCAGCAGAUUAACCACUUAAUGUAUUGUUAUUGCUGCUGAUUUGUGGAUGACAUG